AUGGCUGAUACCGAAGAACCCCAAUAUACAACGCUGGCAGAGAGAAUCGCUGCGCUCAACAAGAACAAGACAUUUGCUGCCAACGUGCCAUCAGCGAAGCCAGCCAGGCCUGCGCCUCCACUACCUCCAAGCCGCACACACUCUGGCCUCGGGGCUUCAAUCGCCACCAAGCCGCCUACAACACCAACGGUGCCAGCCCGACCAGCCAAGAGCAACCCUCCUCCCCUUCCUCGCAGAGAUACGCAAACCUCACUGAACGGUCAAGAUGCGGUUCGCCCACCGUUGCCAUCCAGAAAAUCGUCCACGCAGCAGCCCCCGGCUUUGCCUCAGCGUCAGCCUUCUACUCAGCCAAAUGCCUUGUUGAAUGUUCGCCGCGAUUCAGCUUCCUCUGAAGUAUCCCAAAAUUCUACCAAGUCAACAAAAUCCGCCGGGCAGAGCAGCUGGUCUACUACUAGUCAAGGCUCGGCCACUUCAACUCCCAGAAAGCUGCCACCAGCCCAACUGCAAGAGCCGCAGAAGCCUGCUUCGGCACCGAGCUUGCCCCCAAGGCUACCAGCCAGAGCAAAUAAGCAGGAUGCGAUCCCCACAAGGCCGCGUAUCAUGGGGUUUGGUUCAUCUCAAGCCCCAAAGCCAGUUACCAAUGGGCAGGAUUCUACGCGGAGUAACAGUAGUAACCAAAAAGAUACCGACGGACCUCCCCCUGUUCCAGCGGCCAGUCGGCCUUCGGCAGCCCAGAUCGAUCAGGUAGCGUCCCGAAAAGCUCCUCCCCCAGCAGAUUUGAAUAAUUGCUUCGCCUGUCGAGACUGGAGCGCCCCAGAUGCCGUCGCAGCGCAAUAUCCAAGGCAGUCGGUUCCUCGCAAUGAUCCAGUUGGAUACCUAGCUCACAACCUUUGCUCUCCUUUUCCAUCAUACAACGACAAGGCGAGGGCAAUCUUCACCUGGUGUCAUCACAAUAUUGCCUACGACACCGGGGCUUUCUUCGGCAACAAUGUUCGGAACCAGACGGGAGAAUCCACCAUAUUCAGCGGUCUGGCUGUCUGUGCGGGCUAUGCAGAGACAUACAAAUACAUCGCAAAUCGAGCUGGGCUUGACUGCAAUGUUGUGAGCGGCCAUGGCAAAGGCUUUGGCUACACGCCUCUCAAGAACGGCGAGUCCGUGCCACGAGAAGACCCCAGCGGCCAUGCGUGGAACGCCGUCAGGAUCGAUGGGGGUGCAUGGAAGCUUGUCGACGCCUGCUGGGGUGCUGGCAACGUAGAUGGCGCAACGCAAAGCUUCAACAAGGUAUUCGCCCCGAUUCAUUUCAACGCGACAAACGAGCAGUUUGGUGCACGACAUUAUCCUCAGAACCCGAAAUAUCAACACCGCGAAGAUGGUCGCACUGUUAGCUGGGACGAGUACUACAGAGGCCGGGCGAAUGGCGAGCCGGUGACCAUCUUUUCGAAUACUGCUGAAGAAGGCAUCAGCGAUGCGAGCAUGGAGCCAGCUAAUAAGCACAUACAAGUCAAUAGUGGUCAGGUCGUUCGCUUCCAGUUUUCCAAGAUAUGCCCACACUGGAAGCCUGAGAAGAAUGGUAAAGGCAAACCGCCUCUUUUUGUUCUCAACAUACAUGGCCUGGAUGGCCGCAAAGACGACAUGGUUCCGAUUGAAACCGACGGAUAUUGGCACUGGAUCGAUGUCAAUGCUCGUGAUCUCGGAGCACCCGGUCAAAAGAUCGAAGUGUUACAAAUCACCUCUGUUGAUCACAAGGACGCUCGCGGCCUAACUGCGCGCGACUUUUUGGCCGCCAAAGGCAGGAAAGCCAUGGCGUUUUCAUUCUUGACGCAGUGGAUACUCGAGUGA